GCACUCACGUCUCCUGUGCGUCAGCGGCUGGCGACGCCGCGGCUUGGCGGGUUGUCCAGGUAACCGCGGGAGUUGUCUCGGUCAGCGAGCAUCUGAGACUCGUGCGCGUCAUGCAGUUGAAGCACCUGAGGACCCUGCUGAGCCCUCAGGAUGGAGCUGCGAAGGUGACGUGUAUGGCCUGGUCCCAGAACAAUGCUAAAUUUGCUGUCUGCACAGUGGACCGAGUGGUAUUGCUGUAUGAUGAGCAUGGAGAGCGGAGAGACAAGUUCUCCACCAAGCCAGCCGACAUGAAGUAUGGCAGGAAGAGCUACAUGGUAAAGGGCAUGGCUUUCUCUCCUGAUUCCACUAAAAUUGCCAUAGGACAGACUGACAACAUCAUCUAUGUCUACAAGAUUGGAGAAGAUUGGGGUGACAAGAAGGUCAUCUGCAACAAGUUCAUCCAGACGAGUGCUGUCACUUGUCUGCAGUGGCCUGCAGAGUACAUUAUUGUCUUUGGACUGGCUGAAGGCAAGGUUCGCUUAGCAAACACUAAAACUAACAAGUCAUCUACCAUCUAUGGGACAGACUCUUACGUGGUGGCACUGACUACCAACUGCUCUGGGAAAGGGAUCCUCUCCGGUCACGCAGAUGGCACCAUCGUCAGGUAUUUCUUUGAUGACGAAGGCUCUGGAGAGUCACAGGGGAAGUUGGUUAACCAUCCAUGCCCACCCUAUGCCUUGGCCUGGGCAACCAACAGCAUUGUGGCUGCAGGCUGUGAUCGGAGGAUUGUGGCCUAUGGAAAGGAAGGCCAUGUGCUACAGACUUUCGACUAUAGCCGUGACCCUCAGGAGCGGGAAUUCACCACAGCUGCAGCAAGUCCUGGAGGCCAGUCUGUCGUGCUGGGAAGUUAUGACAGACUCCGGGUGUUCAACUGGAGUCCUCGAAGAAGCAUCUGGGAAGAGGCCAAGCCCAAGGAGAUUGCCAACCUAUACACCGUCACUGCCUUGGCCUGGAAGCGGGACGGCUCCCGGCUCUGUGCGGGCACACUCUGUGGUGGGGUGGAACAGUUUGACUGUUGCCUCCGAAGGAGUAUUUACAAGAACAAGUUCGAGCUGACGUAUGUGGGACCCAGCCAGGUGAUAGUGAAGAACCUGUCUUCCGGGACCAGGGUGGUGCUCAAGUCCCACUAUGGCUAUGAGGUGGAGGAGGUGAAGAUCCUCGGAAAGGAGCGCUACCUGGUGGCUCACACAUCGGACACACUCCUGCUCGGAGACUUGAACACUAAUCGCCUCAGCGAGAUAGCCUGGCAGGGGUCUGGUGGCAAUGAGAAAUAUUUCUUUGAAAAUGAGAAUGUGUGCAUGAUCUUCAAUGCUGGAGAGCUCACCCUGGUGGAGUAUGGGAGUAAUGACUCCUUGGGUUCUGUCCGCACCGAGUUCAUGAACCCUCACCUCAUCAGCGUCCGUAUCAAUGAGAGGUGCCAGCGAGGAAUGGAAGAUAACAAGAAGUUGGCUUACCUUGUUGAUAUUAAGACUAUUGCUAUAGUGGAUCUGAUUGGCGGCUACAACAUUGGUACUAUCAGUCACGAGAGCCGUGUGGAUUGGUUGGAGCUUAACGAGACUGGGCACAAGCUUCUCUUCAGGGACCGGAGACUUCGGUUGCAUCUAUAUGAUAUUGAAAGCUGCUCUAAGACAAUGAUCCUCAACUUCUGCUCCUACGUGCAGUGGGUUCCCGGGAGUGACGUGCUGGUAGCUCAGAACCGAAAUAGCUUAUGUGUUUGGUACAACAUUGAGGCACCAGAGAGAGUCACCAUGUCCUCUAUCAGGGGUGAUGUUGUAGGUCUGGAGCGAGGCGGAGGAAAGACAGAGGUGAUGGUGACGGAAGGAGUGACUACUGUCGCCUACACCCUGGACGAGGGCCUCAUUGAGUUUGGAACAGCCAUCGAUGACGGCAACUACACCCGGGCAACAGCCUUCUUGGAGACCCUGGAGAUGACCCCAGAAACAGAGGCCAUGUGGAAAACGUUGAGCAAACUGGCCCUGGAGGCCAGGCAGCUCCACACUGCUGAGAGGUGCUUUUCGGCUUUGGGUCAUGUGGCAAAAGCUCGAUUCCUGCAUGAGACCAAUGAGAUUGCAGAUCAGGUGUCCAGGGAAUAUGGCGGAGAAGGAACUGACUUCUAUCAGGUUCGAGCACGGCUGGCUAUGCUGGAAAAGAACUACAAACUGGCAGAAAUGAUCUUCUUGGAACAGAAUGCUGUCGAGGAGGCCAUGGACAUGUACCAGGAGCUGCACCGCUGGGAUGAGUGUGUCGCUGUGGCCGAGGCCAAGGGACACCCAGCCCUGGAGAAGCUGCGCAGGGAUUACUACCAGUGGCUAAUGGACACACAGCAAGAGGAGCGAGCGGGUGAGCUGCAGGAGAGCCAAGGGGAUGGGCUGGCAGCCAUCAGCCUCUACCUCAAAGCUGGGCUCCCUGCCAAAGCUGCACGGCUGGUGCUGACCCGAGAGGAGCUGCUGGCCAACACAGAGCUGGUGGAACACAUCACUACGGCCCUCAUCAAGGGGGAGCUCUACGAAAGGGCAGGUGACCUCUUUGAGAAGAUUCGAAACCUGCAGCGGGCUCUUGAGUGCUACUGUAAAGGCAAUGCAUUCAUGAAAGCGGUCGAGUUGGCUCGACUGGCCUUCCCGGUGGAGGUUGUGAGGCUGGAGGAGGCCUGGGGGGACUACUUGGUGCAGCAGAAGCAGCUGGACGCAGCCAUCAACCACUACAUUGAAGCCAGGUGCUCCAUUAAAGCGAUUGAGGCUGCUCUGGGUGCCCGCCAGUGGAAGAAGGCAAUUUAUAUAUUAGAUCUCCAGGAUCGAAACACGGCGUCUAAAUACUAUCCUCGUGUGGCCCAACACUAUGCGUCUCUGCAGGAGUAUGAGAUUGCUGAGGAACUCUACACCAAAGGAGACCGGACCAAAGAUGCUAUAGACAUGUACACCCAGGCUGGCCGCUGGGAGCAAGCCCACAAGCUGGCAAUGAGAUGCAUGCGGCCGGAGGAUGUGUCGGUGCUGUACAUCACGCAGGCCCAGGAAAUGGAGAAGCAGGGCAAGUACCGAGAGGCCGAAAGGCUGUACGUGACAGUGGAGGAGCCCGAUCUUGCCAUCACCAUGUUCAAAAAGCACAAGUUGUAUGAUGACAUGAUCCGCCUGGUAGGGAAGCACCACCCAGAUCUCCUCAGUGACACACACCUUCACCUGGGCAAGGAGCUGGAGGCCGAAGGCCGACUGCAAGAGGCUGAGUAUCACUACCUAGAGGCCCAGGAGUGGAAGGCAACUGUGAACAUGUACCGGUCCAGCGGGCUUUGGGAGGAGGCCUACCGGGUGGCCAAAGCCCAUGGAGGGACCAACGCCCACAAACACGUGGCCUAUCUGUGGGCGAAGAGCCUGGGAGGAGAGGCAGCAGUCAGGCUGCUUAACAAGCUGGGGCUUCUAGAGGCUGCUGUUGACCACGCGGCUGACAACUGCUCCUUUGAAUUUGCCUUUGAACUCUCCCGGCUAGCCCUCAAGCACAAAACCCCAGAGAUUCAUCUCAGAUAUGCCAUGUAUCUGGAGGAUGAGGGUAAAUUUGAAGAGGCUGAAGCCGAAUUCAUCAGAGCUGGUAAACCCAAAGAGGCAGUCCUCAUGUUUGUCCACAACCAGGACUGGGAGGCAGCUCAGCGUGUGGCGGAGGCCCAUGACCCUGACAGUGUUGCUGAGGUACUUGUAGGUCAGGCCCGAGGGGCCUUGGAGGAGAAGGACUUUCAGAAGGCAGAAGGGUUGCUGCUUCGGGCCCAGAGACCAGGCCUGGCUCUUAAUUUUUAUAAGGAGGCUGGACUCUGGAGUGACGCUCUGCGGAUCUGCAAGGACUAUGUGCCUGGCCAGCUAGAGGCCCUACAAGAAGAGUAUGAGCGAGAAGCCACCAAGAAGGGAGGCAGAGGCGUGGAGGGGCUUGUGGAGCAGGCGCGGCACUGGGAGCAGGCAGGGGAGCACGGCCGUGCAGUGGACUGCUAUCUCAAAGUUCGGGACUCGGGAAGCAGUGGCCUGAUGGAGAAGUGCUGGAUGAAGGCCGCUGAACUGUCCAUCAAGUUUCUGCCUCCCCAGCGCAGUCUGGAAGUAGUUCGGGCUGUAGGUCCCCAGCUGAUCGGAAUCGGAAAGCACAGUGCUGCUGCAGAGCUCUAUCUGAACCUGGACCUUGUCAAAGAAGCAAUUGAUGCUUUCAUUGAGGGUGAAGAAUGGAACAAGGCCAAGCGCGUGGCCAAAGAGUUAGACCCCCGGUAUGAAGACUAUGUGGACCAGCACUAUAAGGAGUUCCUCAAGAACCAGGGCAAAGUGGAUUCGCUGGUGGGUGUGGACGUAGUAGCUGCCUUAGACCUGUACGUGGAGCAGGGUCAGUGGGAUAAGUGCAUCGAAACAGCUACCAAGCAGAACUACAAGAUUCUGCACAAGUAUGUGGCUUUGUAUGCAACUCAUCUGAUCCGAGAAGGUGGCUAUGCCCAGGCACUGGCCCUCUAUGUGCAACAUGGAGCCCCUGCUAACCCACAGAACUUUAACAUCUACAAAAGGAUCUUCACCGACAUGGUUAGCUCUCCUGGGACCAACAAUGCCGAGGCCUACCAUAGCUGGGCUGAUCUUCGGGACGUCCUCUUCAACCUGUGUGAAAACCUGGUGAAGUCCAGCGAGGCCAACUCGGCAGCUCACGAGGAGUUUGAGAUGAUGCUGCUGAUCGCUCACUACUAUGCGACACGGUCUGCAGCCCAGAGUAUCAAACAGCUGGAAACCGUGGCUGCCAGGCUCUCUAUCUCACUCCUGCGCCACACCCAGUUACUACCUGCAGACAAGGCCUUCUAUGAAGCAGGCACUGCCGCAAAGGAAGUCGGCUGGGAAAAUAUGGCCUUCAUUUUCCUCAACCGAUUUUUGGAUCUGACUGAUGCAAUUGAAGAGGGGACUCUGGAUGCCCUUGACCACUCAGACUUCCAGGACACAGACAUUCCCUUUGAGGUGCCACUCCCGGCCAAGCAGCACGUACCGGAGGCCCAGAGAGAAGAGGUUCGAGACUGGGUGCUCACAGUCUCCAUGGACCAGAGGCUGGAGCAGGUUCUGCCCCGGGAUGAGCGUGGCGUCUAUGAGGCUUCCCUAGUAGCAGCGAGCACUGGGGUGCGGGCACUGCCCUGCCUCAUUACAGGUUACCCCAUCCUGAGGAACAAAAUUGAGUUUAAGCGGCCAGGGAAGGCUGCUAACAAAGACAACUGGAACAAGUUUCUCAUGGCCAUCAAGACCUCCCACAGCCCAGUGUGCCAGGACGUGCUCAAAUUCAUCAGCCAGUGGUGCGGCGGGCUCCCCAGCACCGGCUUCUCGUUCCAGUGACUGUGCAGCCAGUCCUUGGCUCUGCCCCAUUAAAGCUCUGCUCGAGAUUCCCAUUGGAAGUCAGAACCGAGGCCCCUCCACCGCUCUCACCAGUCGUGGGUGAAGAAGGUUCCUGGAUGCCAAGAGGGCCACAAGUCCCACGGAAACGCUCUGCGGAAGCAACAAGCCUAUGGCUCACUGUGUCUGCGCCCUGCCCACCGUGCCCGUCCAUCCGCCCUCCACGCUCACCAGCAGCCCCGAGCCCACGGAGAUGACAUUGGCCGUGGUGUAUUCCGGCGUGACGGCGCCACGGGGGUUGGCCACGUGCCGCAGGACAGUGCCAUGCAGCACAGCUCCCACCAGAAGGUUGACGUGGCCCACCAGGAUCAGCGCGAGGCCCACGCGCAUCAGCCGCCUGGGGCCUCGGGCGGCGUCUGAAAACAGGGGGAGGGGUAGAUACCAGCCUGCAGGGCGGGGCCACAGGGCCAGCGGCCGCGCGUGGGACGCCGAGGAGCUACAGGGGAGGGGGAGUCGUGCAACUUACCGAAGACGCAGGGGCGGCAGCACCUCAUCGUGGGCCGCUCUGCCCGCGCCACCACCCGACCGCCCUACGUGGGCCAGGCCUCGCCCGGCCGCCGACCUGAACCCCGCUUCCGCGCCGCCGCAAGGCAGCUCCACCUGGGCCCGCCCCGCCCCGCCCCGAGGCCCAGCCUCCCAGGGGCCGCCCCGCCCCGCCCCACCUGGGCCCGCCCCGCCCCCCCCCCCCCACCUGGGUGGCUAUGCCACCCAACAAGCUGCAAAAUACCAAGCGACACUUUUAGCAAAAAGUAGACUUUAUUACAGCAGCAACUGAGGCGAUUCGAAUGGCCCCCGGGGCCACCCCUGCAGCACCACCUUUCUCUCCCGCCCGCCCGUCCGCCCCUGCGGGAUUGUAGAACUCAGCUCCCACGGAGCCCGUGGGCCUCCUGUCCACACAGGCAGGGCAGGAGCCAGCAGGUCAGCUACUAGCCCCAGCUAGAAGGUGGCUGCUGAGAAGGCCCAGGCCCACGUCUGUGCAAAACAAGUAAACAAAGUGCAGAGGGGAGCAGGAGGGGAGGAGGGGCAGGAUGAUGCUCAACCAGGGAGCCCCUAAAGCCCUCCUGAAUAACAAGGGGAGAAGGGGCUUCACAGGGUAAUACUGACUGGGGAGAAGGGACAGGAGGACUGCAGCAUGUCCAGGGACAGCCACACUCAGAUAGGGCCUGGCUCAAGUGAGCUCUAUGAGGAGACGGUGACAGCGGCUGAGUUGAGGGUGCUGUUCCUGGCAAAAUUGAACUUGUUGAGGGUCUCCUCGAGCAGAGAAGUCAGGCGGCUCUGAUCAGCCUGAGGAAGAAGCUCAGUGAGACAGGGCUGAGAGGCGGCGGGAGGCAGCCAGGGCACAGAAGGCAGGAACCUCACCUCACUAAUGAAGCCCAGCUGCACCAGCUCAGCUGCCAAAUCUGGGAUGUUCUCAUCUGACAGAAAGAUGGGAGGGGUGAAUGAAUAGGUACCGGAGGCCGCGAGCCCGCCCUUGAGAUCACCCCGUUCAGAAGCUACAACAGUCAUGCUCUGUGAAUCACUUCCCCUCCUGAAAAGAAAGCAGACCCUCACUUGGCAUCAGGUCACAGCUCAGGUGCCGGUUCAGUUUGUCCUCCAGCUUCAGCAGAAGCGUUAGCUAGGGAAGAGGCAGUCAGAGAGUAAGGCUCCUCUCCCCUGGGAUGUCACUCCACCUCUCUCCACCCAGCCCCUCAGCCCUCAACCGGGGCUUACAUGGUGUUUGACUCCCUCCUCCACUGAUUCGAUGUUGCACUGCAUCAGCACCACCUGGGACAGGAAGAGAGGACGACACUAGAGACCAGCAGCGAGACACACCAACACCUGGAGCCUCCCAGCACAGAGGACUUGGUAGCCAGAGGCACAGUUCACUGCCAACAGGACAGUGCCUGGGCGAAGACGGCUCUGCCCCCAAGACAACCACACCAGAGCCCCACCUUUCGUGUCUCCACCUCAGCAGGCUCAGGAGUUGGAGUCUUGACAGAGGGGGGCACAACAGGGGAUGUCACCUCCUCCUGCUGUGGCUGCUGAGGCCGAGGCAGCCCAAAGGCUGUCAGAGGGUAGAUCCCAUUCCUGGUGGGAGAUGACAAGUCACUCGGACUUUGUGAAAACCUCAGGACGCCUGUCCCCGCUUCCUCACAGAAGUCCACCUUCUCUCACCUGACAUCUUCAAGGAAUUUGUCUAAUUCCAGGGCUGGUGACUGAGAGUACCUGGGGGGAGGAGGAGGAAGCAUGAGAAUGGGCCUUCUACCGAGGCCCAGUGUGGUAGUGACAAGCUAUCCCUUUCAGACCUCCCAGCUGGUUACUCACAAAGUCUGAACUGGUUCUCGUCCUGGCCCUGCAGGGAUCUCAGCUAGUACAGCACUGGUGUCCAUGUUUUUGGUGAUCUCCUCCAGAGCGUUUUCUGGGAUCAUGUCUGGUGGGUAUAAUGGGGUGGAGCAGAGUGUAAAGACAGAAUUGGUUCACACGUUCACAAGAGGGUUAGACGAACAGGGAUAAAGAAUCCCUUUGGUAAGAGAAUAAAGAUGCCUUGUCAGUGAUGAAAGCCCCAAGUUGGAAGAAAAUUCUAGUAAUCUUUGUUUAGCAUGGAUUCAGUCCUGGUACCAAUUUCUAGUAGGGUCUGGGGGACUCACGUUGGUGUCCCACAAUACAGUGAGCAGCAAGAAGUUUGAGAGAGGGCACUUCAAACAGUGCUGGGUGGAACAGAAGUUCUCUGGCUGUUGGUCUUCGAGCAGGCUCAGACUGCAGGCACUUUUGAAUAAACUCCUAUAAGAAGAGAAGAAAAACCUGGAGCUGGCAUCUGGCAAGCCUCUCACAUCCUGUUAACUUUCAUUAGACUUAGGAAAAUGUCUCAUACAUACUUGGAAGUCAACAUUUGUUAGGGGAACUGAUAUAUCUCCUGAAAGAACUUUAAAUAUACAUAUGGUGAUAUACAAAAUCA